ACAGUGAGCCAUCGAUAAAUAUGAUGGACCGAUGGAUUGCCUCCUAAUCUGGAACGACCUGUGCAUUCUGUUCGGGUGCCUCGUCGUGUUCCUCAGCAAGCAGACCAAAAAAAAAAAAUAAAAUCCAAAGAGCAGCUUGCCAAGUCCACCGAAAAGAGUGAAAAAGAAACGGCCUCAUCUUGUCCCCUCAGGAAGUUGUAUCUGAAACCCUGCGGCUCCGUUUCAAUGGAGUUUGAAAAAAUGAGCGAAAAAGAGAGAGUCAUGAAAAAAAAGCCAAAGAGAGAGGCUGUGGCUCCUCGAACAGAGAAGAUGGCCACAGAUCAGGAUUGGAGUAGCGUUUAUCCCACCGCAGCUCCCUUCAAACCCUCUGCUGUGCCUCUUCCUAUUCGUAUGGGUUAUCCCAAGAAAAAAGGUGUGCCCUUGGCCAAAGAGGGAAAUCUAGAGCUCCUAAAGGUCCCCAAUUUUUUGCAUUUGACUCCGGUUGCAAUUAAAAAGCAUUGCGAAGUUCUUAAAGAUUUCUGCACCGAGUGGCCAGCCGCCCUCGACACCGAUGAAAAAUGCGAGGAGCACUUUCCGGUCGAGAUCGAGACGGCCGACUAUGUUUCAGCGGGGCCGUCUCUCCGGAACCCAAAAGCCAGAGUCGUCACCCUGAAGGUAAAACUUUCCAAACUGCACUUGGAUGAUCAUGCAAAGAAGAAGCUUAUUAAACUUGUAGGAGAGCGCUACUGCAAGAAUACAGAUACACUUACCAUCACAACAGACAGGUGCCCUCUGAGGAGGCAGAAUUAUGACUAUGCAGUGUAUCUACUGACAGUUCUGUACCAUGAAUCUUGGAAAACGGAGGCGUGGGAAAAAGAGAAGACCGAGGCCGACAGGGAAGAGUACAUCUGGGAAAACAGCCGUUCGGAGAAAAACAUCCUGGACACCCUCCUUCAGAUCAGAGCCUCAGAGGAAAGGGCCGGCGUAACUCGGGAAGAGCUGCUCGCUUCCGAGGAAGUCGGGGGUUACGGACGGGCGGUUGCCGCUCUCAAGAACGAAGGGGAAUCGGACCACAACCUCUUGCUGUACAAAGAAUCAGUAAAGAAGCUGCUGGGUUUGAACGCGUGAGGGGGGAGGGCGGCGCGAAUCCCUAAUUUAAAUCAGGUCGCUCUCUACGCGUGUCUGGGAACGGCACACCCCGUUCAAUCCGGAGGAGAUCCGAAAUAAAAGGGCCGCGGCCUCAUCCGGAA